UUAUGUAAGAGUAGUUUUUGACUAUGUAAAAACAUGAAAGAGACCAUGAAAACUUAAUUGAGUCGAGAGAAUCAGAAAAAUCCCUAAUAUGCUGAGUGUGGUACGUCGUAGUAGCAAACGGUUCUUCAAAAUUGUUCAUGGAAGACACCGCAACCGAAGUAUACAUCUAAUCUCGGGGAAGCGAUCAAAGAACCCAAAACAACAAUGCUUGUAGCCAGCCUCAUUAACAAAAACCCAAUCACCAAGAACCUGCAAAACCCAUGUGCUCCAUCCAAACACUGCUCAAAACCCUCUUCAAGAACCCCAGCACCAUUAAAUCCCAGUCCCAGGCCAAACAGCUCCAUGCCCAAAUCCUCAAAACCAAAGGCCCUUCACCUCCUGACCUGUCCUUUGUGCUCUCUGUUUACUCAAACUUGAACCUCUUACAUGACUCCCUCACUCUCUUCAACACCUUCCAUUCUCCUCCCACCACUCUUGCAUGGAAGUCCAUUAUUAGAUGCUACACUUACCAUGGCCUCUGCCGCCAUUCCUUGGCUUCCUUUGUAGAAAUGAAGGCUCUUGGCAUAUACCCAGAUCACAAUGUGUUCCCUUCUGUGCUUAAAUCAUGCACAUUGAUUAAGGACUUGAGGUUUGGUGAGUCAGUUCAUGGGUGCAUUGUUCGGUUUGGUAUGGAUUGUGAUUUAUAUACAUGUAAUGCUCUUAUGAAUAUGUACGCCAAGUUAGAGGCUUUGGCUGAGACUGGUGGGCAGAGGUUUAGUGCGCCCAAGUUGUUUGAUGGAAUGCCUCAACGAAAUCAAGUUAGUAAAUUUGGGAGUGAUUUAGGUAGUUCUAUGGAAUUGAGUGGUAGAACUGUGUCUUUGGAGGUAGAAAGUGAGGGAAGGAUGCUACUUUCGGAUGGGAAUGCAAAGAGGGAAGUGGGUGGUGGUGACACUUUGUAUAGUAGUCAAUCAAAUAAACUGAGUAAUAAGUUGCAGGUGCAGGUAAUGGGCAUUGACAGGAAUGUUAAUUUGAUUUCAUCUAGAGAGGCAUCUCCUCAAAUUGACGCAUACCGGGAAGUUGAUGAUAAAUUUAAUUGGGACGUUAAUAAGGUUUUUAUGCAUAAGGAAGGCAAAAGAGGUACCAAAGUGGAUAGCGUGAGAAAGGUCUUUGACUUGAUGCCAAAAAGAGAUAUUGUUUCCUGGAAUACAGUGAUUGCGGGGAAUGCACAGAAUGGGAUGUAUGAAGAAGCUUUAGCAAUGGUCAGAGAUAUGGGGAAUGCCAACUUGAAGCCUGAUUCUUUCACUUUGUCUAGCGUCCUUCCAGUUUUUGCAGAAUAUGUAGAUGUUAUCAAGGGAAAGGAGAUUCAUGGGUAUGCAAUAAGACAUGGGUUUGAUGCAGAUGUAUUCAUAGGGAGUAGCUUAAUUGACAUGUAUGCAAACUGCAAUCGAAUUAAAGAUUCGCUUCGGGUGUUCAACCAGCUACCUAAGCGUGAUGCCAUUUCAUGGAACUCAAUCAUUGCAGGUUGCGUGCAGAAUAGUAUGUUUGAUGAAGGACUGAUAUUCUUUCGGCAGAUGUUGAUGGGUAAGAUUAAGCCUGUGCCAGUAUCCUUUUCAAGUACCAUUCCAGCUUGUGCUCACUUGACAACACUUCAUCUAGGGAAGCAGCUCCAUGGAUAUAUAAUUAGGGGGGGAUUUGAGGACAAUGUGUUCGUAGCGAGCUCACUGGUGGACAUGUAUGCCAAAUGUGGUAACAUUAGGAUAGCGAGGUGGAUUUUUGAUAAAAUGGAGCGACAUGACAUGGUGUCAUGGACAGCCAUGAUUAUGGGAUAUGCUUUGCACGGUCAUGCCCCUGAUGCUUUUUCCUCAUUUGAGCAGAUGGAAGGAGAGGCAGUAAAACCUAACUAUGUCUCCUUCAUGGCUGUAUUGACCGCAUGUAGCCAUGCUGGAUUGGUAGACAAAGCUUGGAAGUAUUUUAAUAGCAUGACUAAAAAAUAUGAUAUUGCUCCUGGUAUAGAGCACUAUGCUGCUGUUGCAGAUGUUCUUGGUAGAGCUGGAAGGUUGGAGGAAGCUUAUCAGUUUAUCUCUAGCAUGCAUAUAGAACCAACAGGAAGUGUAUGGUUAACAUUGUUGGCUGCUUGUAGAGUUCACAAGAAUGUUGAAUUGGCUGAGAAGGUUGCUGAGAAAAUAUUUACAGUUGAUCCCGAGAACAUGGGAGCUUAUGUGCUGUUGUCAAACGUAUAUUCUGCUGCUAAGAGAUGGAAAGAUGCAGUGAAAGUGAGAACCUGUAUGAGGGAUAAGGGCUUGAAAAAGAAGCCAGCCUGCAGCUGGGUUGAAGUUAAAAACAAGGUUCAUGCUUUUGUGGCAGAAGAUAAAUCCCACCCAUAUUAUGAUCAUAUAAUUGAGGCUCUAGAUGUCAUUUCGGAGCAGAUGGAACGAGAAGGGUAUGUGCCCAACACAAAUGAGGUGCUCCAUGAUGUUGAGGAGGAGCAAAAGAAGUACUUAUUGUACCACCACAGUGAAAGGCUUGCCAUAGCAUUUGGCAUCAUCAGCUCUCCUGCUGGGGCAACAAUUCGAGUAACGAAGAACAUUCGGGUGUGCGUGGACUGCCACGCAGCAAUAAAAUUUAUGUCAAAGAUCGUCGGAAGAGAGAUGAUUGUCAGGGAUAAUAGCAGGUUUCACCAUUUCAAGGAUGGAGAGUGUUCCUGUGGCGAUUACUGGUGAGAUAAACAAUGAGAUCAUGCCAACUUAAUUAAAGGCAUCUUUUGCCAGACUCAUAGUCAUUGACACAUUUAGGACAAGAGGAGGAAUGUUUAGGGAGCAACACAAAUUAGGUAAAUUAUUUUUUUGCAGUCAUAAUCUGUACAAAAAAUUGAGUUUGAAAUUCAUAAAUUUCUAUUUAUUACAAUUACAAUUUUACUUGAUGAGGGUUGUAUGAUAUGUUCAUUA